ACAGCAUUGUCUUUAGCCUCGUUUGAAGUGCUUCACAUUUCAUUCGAUGUUCAAGAAUUACUUAGUUAUCAACUGCUUUGUAUUCUUUAAGUCCAUUAAUAUUACUGUAUAAAUGAAAAAUUAAUAUUAAGUUCUAAGCUAGAACUUGAGUUCUAAGCAUUAGAAAGUGUGAUCUGCGUUAGCUCAAAUGUUACAAUUCGAGACUAUGUAGCUACCCGGGAUCCAGUUUUCAGUAUACUGGCUAUAACCAGGUAGCAUGUGCGUUGCCUGCACGUGCAAAUUAAUGUAGUGCUACAUUGAUUGGAAUAAGCUAGUUGCACUCCUUAGUAUCACUAUCAUUAAACGUAUUUUCUAAAAAUAUCUCCAUUUUAAAGACAAUUUCUGGGAGGUCUAGUUGACAUUUUCCCUCAUCUGUCAAGGCGAAUGUGAGCUCAUAACAAAAUUCUAGGCACUCACUUCACAAUUGGCAUCAGCUUUUUGUUGAAUAUCAUUGUCCAUUGUUGUGUUGAUGAUAAAAGUCUCCAGGUCAAACUGUCUAUUUUCAUGUUUCCAGUUAUUGCUUGUUCGAAGUAAAUGGUUGUAUAUGGAGUCACAACAUACAGCCACUGUCGUUAAUUUCUAUGAUUGACACAUUUGAGUUCCUAGGUUUCAGAAGGAUGUUAUAAUGCUUUCACUAGAAUCUAUCAUUUCAUUUAAACUAUAGCAUGGAAGCGUCUUCAGAAGCCACCCCUGUCCUUCCAAAUCCUUACUCUUAUUUAGUCAGACAAUCCAUAAACAAGUAUUGAUCGAAAUCUAAUCUGAAUGUCUGCUGUAGUUCAAUGUUUAGUUUAUAAACCUUUACAUGGCAGUCAAUUUGUCUGUCAUACACAAAGUGUUCGCUUCUUUUCGUACGAAAAGAGAAAUUCAUGCGACGGAAUUGGCUCGAUUACUGGCUGAAAUACCAUCAGGACGACAAGAUGAUGUUGCUCUGAAAAUUUUUCAAAACAUUAUUAAUAUUCUCCAGGAAUCACGCAAAAUACUAAUAAAUACUGAUAUUAAUUCAGAGACUAAAAAUGAUACAAUAGGACAAGCUUUCGCAUUAACUUUUGAAAAUACAGCUGUACUAUGUGAUUUAAUUCUACGUUUUCCUGAUGUUUAUCAUUCACAUUAUGAUGGAAUUGAUGAGAUAUCUAUAUUAUUAAAAUGGUCAUUUAAUUUAUUACGUGAAUCACAAUUAAUGGGUAAAUCAGAUGAAAAUAUUUUACAUUUAACUGAACAAGAAUUAAAUUUUGUAAUCAGAGAUUCAAAUUAUGUAAAUGAGUUUAGUUCAGAUCAGAAAAUGAUUAGAGAGAAAGUGAAAGCAGAAUCAACACGUAAAGCGAAAAAAUCAAGUGUUAAACAUGUCAAGAAACCUCGGCUUACACCAGUUCGAAGUGAACUCUAAUAGUUUAUUUAAAUGUCCCCUAUACAUAUAUGUACACAAAUGUAUAUGUAUAUAUGAUUAUGAUUUUUUUCUAACUUUCCGUUUUCCUUCAUAAUUCACUACUUUUGAUGAUAUCAUGGGUGGUGCUCUUAUCGAUAUAAUUUACUUUUUAUUAUUAUUGUCUAUAAAUCUGUGUGUGUGUGUUCGCCUAGUUGAAUGUAGUACUAUGCAAGGAAUUUCAGAGUGUUCAUAUCGAAACAUAUCUAUCAUCAAUUAAUAAUGAAGUUCGUGGUCAUUGAUUACAAAUAACUAUUUUUAUGUCUAUACCUGGGACACUGAAAUUCCUAGUUGCUUUUACUAAUUCAAUGUUCUGAUAAUUGAAGAACAUAAGCAUACAAACUUACAUUCAAAUAUUGUCUGUUUGCUUUUUUGGGUUUUGCUAUUACUAGUAAAAUUUGAUAACUUCAUUUAACUCUUGUCACUCUUGAGUGUACUGUGUAGUAUAUAACUUGUUGGAUUAAUAUGAAAUUCUGUUUGUUAAUUGUUUCUGUCUUGUUUUUUUUCUUUUUAAUUUUCUUAAAUAUCUACUUGUUGUAUGAAAUAAAGUUUCAAAAUGCACUCAUAUCUGUUCCGUUUGUAAGUGAAGUAAAAGAUAUUUCAACGAAGAAAAAUUGCUUGUCAAUCAUGUUAUUUUCCAAAAUGUUGUACAUUCAUAUCUAUAGGUUAAUUUUAUAAAUAAAACAGGAAUUUUUUGUACCGGUAA